AUGUCGACGAUUACCAAGGAACAGCAUGAUGAAUUAUGUGUUGCGUAUGCAUCGAUGAUUCUAUUUGAUGGUGAACAUGAAAUUACAUCGGAAGCUAUUACUACAAUCUUGCAAGCUUCCGGUAAUGAGGUUGAACCUUACUGGCCAAGUCUCUUUUCUUCGCUAUUAUCAAAAGAGGGAAAGGUUUUGGAGCUUAUUUCAUCGGGUGGACCUACUUCUGGUGGUGCUAUUGCUAGUUCGUCCAAUGGAGGUACUUCAGGUGAUGUCGUAACAAAGGUGGAAGAAAAAGUUGUGGAAGAAGAAGAAGAAGUUGACAUGGGUGGCGGCAUGGACAUGUUUGGCGGCGAUGAGGAUUACUAA